AUGUCUGCCACUGCGCCUGCUACCGACGAUGCUUCUCAGCCCCGUACCAAUACCAAUCCAUUCAGUCCACAACAGAGCAGCGGCGACUCGAGCAGCGAUAUAGAGACCGGUGGCGUUGUUCUCGCCCCUUUCAGUUUCGAAAGACUCACACUUCGCAAGGAGGACGUCGUCAUUAGCGAUCCUGUUUUUGGUGUCAAGACGGCUCCCGGACAUUUGGAACAGACAUACGUUGGUCAUUUCGACUGGCUUGAGUCAUGGUUUCCUCAUGACCCACAGCACAUUACAUUGAAAUACGAUAUGAAGGGUGUCCAGCGCCGCUUCUCUAUUCCCGAAGCUAUUCUCGUCAAAAACUUCGGCUACUUCUCUAGCAGUCUCAGAUAUGGUGCUGAAGGGUUGCGAGAGAGCGCCCUGCGAGAGUUCUGUUUCCCUGAUACUGAAGCCGCCGCCAUGGGUCUCAUCAUCAGCUUCCUCAUGACGGGCACUUUUCCGCAGCAUCACAUGGCAGAGGUUCAACCGAUGGCGCAGCUGAUUGGUGAUUUCAUCACCGCAUACCGUGUGGCGAGCUACUUGGACCUUCGCUGCAGAGAGCGCUUCAACUAUGCCGUGUGCCUACGUUUGAGACAGAUUCUUCUCGCCGACCGCCAGGUGCUUUCUAAGGCAAACAUCGGCCAGCUUUACAACUUUGUCGAAGGUCGCCAAGUUGAUAACAACUACAAGGACCUCAGAACUGUUGUUGCGCAGGCAGCUGUGAAGCCUUGGAUGCAGAGCUGGAUGGGAAAGUCGGCCCAGGAUACUAGAACUUCAGCCUCAACCAUCUCUUGCUCCAUGGCUUUUGACGAAACUUGCGGCAAAGAUCCUAAGGCUUGGGCUACGAUCGUCAAUCAUUACCUCGAUCUGAUCGGGAACAGUAAGGGGUUCGCGGCAGACGUUAUGCGGCAAACUCAGAAGACCAUGCAGGGUGCCAAAAGAAUCAAUAAGGUCGCGAUUGCUCAAGAUGGACCGAACAAGAAGAUCCACACUCUGCCGGUCCACGCCGACUGUGUGACCUACCGCGAUCCUCUCCCCGUGGGCAAGGAACAGACAUUCACUAUCUGA